AUGACCCCCCAAGAGAAGCUGGAAUGCCCUAUGCUGCGCUGCCGCAAGCGAUUUGCCAACCACGAGCUCAUGCUCCAGCAUCUAUACUCGUGUAGCUGGCUCUCCUCGAGUGAGUAUUGGUGUUACGGAUGUGGGAAAUCCGAACGAUUCAACGAUUCUAAGUGCAAGCGAUGCCUGGGUCACCCAUCACGAAGAAAGAAGAUACUGUCCAUGGCGAAGAGCUUCUUCAGCUCCCUGGGUCACAAACCUAAGAGCUCAGCCCUGGAGGAUCUUGACCUCGACAGUGACAUUGGUGAAUCUGAGGCACCACCCAGUUAUGAUCUCGCCGUGGCACCAAGUGAGCUCGAGCUACCUACGAAUGAGAUUCAUGAGAUUGGCUCCAGCGGUAUAGUUUUACAGCCCAUAUUGGAGAAUGAGAACGAAAAUGAGAACGAGGCAGAGAUCAGCCCGGUCCCCAUGCUCACACCUUACAUCUCAUCGCUGCCUACACAGACCCAGGCACAGACUCUGCCUGCUCACCCCGCUGAGCUCGAAUCAGAUGCAACCAUCAGCGACCCCCUCGAUUUCAUGCUGCCGCCAGGCACUGUUGUCCCUGUAAACCUCAUCGACCCCGGCUGCAACACAAAUUCUGUACGGCCCACCCUUCAGCUUCAUACAGCAGGUCUAGAGGAGUACCGCCGUGAACAAAAGAGACGUAGUAAGGGUCAGGUCGCACCUAGCACCUCGGUUCGCUCGACAGCCAGUACAAACUCGACGUCGAGCACAAAUACGACGGACACUACUUUCAGCAGAGAAAGCUACAAUAUCUCCCCCAUCUCGUCGUUCUCUGAUCAAUGGGCAAGUGCACCAGUCUUCAACUCUGACUUCACCUCCCCUGAGAAUGGCUUUGGAAGCCCAGGAGGCCUCCUCAGGACGAACUCGUUCGCCAUAUCUGACAAGGCACCCGCAGCCAAGGGCUGGAACUCGCUCGAAAACGAGGCAGGCAUGUCCUAUGACUCCCAACCGACUGAACUCCCCGCAAACAUCCACAUGCUCGGUGCCUUGCCUGCCACUGAACCUGAUACUCUGAACCUCAACCAGCCCGUUCUCGCAUUGAAUGACUCUUUCCUUUCCUCUACUUUCGACCUUGAUGCCAACAUUGCCCUCAUCGACAAUAAUGUCACGAUGCCACCGUCCCUCCAUCCCAUGCCACCUCAACCGAAGGCCGAGUCCUAUCAUAACCCUCGGUCUCUGAUCGGCACGGCAUGGAGUACUCUCCAGAUGCAUGUCGCUGAUUCUCUGACCAAGCUUCAUCAUAUCACCAAGAACCACCUUGUCAUACAGCUCAGAAGUCUUACGGCUCCAGUGAUAGCUACAAAGGGACUGGAAACUCUCAUGGAUAUCAUCGAAGGUCGUCAGCCGACUGUUCCCAUCAAUGUCCUCUGUUUUGUUCACUUGGUCUACUGUUUCUCACUUAUUGUUCACGAGCAAGACGCCGCAAAGAGAUCUUCGGAUCUUUUUGUUCAAGCGAUGUCCUACAGCGCCUUGUUUUCACGGCAAGAUCGCCAGCUGUAUAUACAGAUUGUCGAAACUCUGUGGAAACCAGCUGAUAUGAGCAAUGCUGACCUCGUAAACCUGGUUCGAGCCAAGACAUCGUUGAUGUCACACUCGCCUGGCUCGAAGGGGAAAGGAAUUGAGUCCAGAAACAUGAUCUACGCCAGUGUCGACUCGCUAGCGUUUUUGGCAAUGUAUUUCUUAGACCAACUGGAAAAUGCCACCAUCCAUGUGACAGACGACGCGGAAGUUCUAUCAUCUGAUCUCUUUUUGGGCCACUGCAAUAGCCUAGACAGGACUCAUAUGGAUCCGACACAAACCAUGGCUGCAAAUCUCAUACUCAAGCACAACUUUCAACUCUAUACUCAUUAUCAAGCCUUUGCAAAUAAUCUGAACAACAUCGCUCGUCGCGCCAACUCGGAGUUGAUGCUACCACGGCGCUUAGAACUGGAGCUUAUGGAGUGUGGAAAGAUGUACCUACCUCCAGACAUUUACUUCGACGGCUAUAUCCGCUUUGUUCGAGAACAGAUGGAUUCUAUUUAUUGCACUGCUACAGCAGAGGGCUCUUACCGGGCUCUCUAUUACCGCCAAUGCAUUGAGCUUAUCAAAACUGUUAUUGGUGUCGCGUUACAACCGAUGGCUGAGCACGCAGUUGAAAACAGCUCAGUAACUCAGGACGGUUUUGAUGAUAUCGAUGAAUUCUUCAAUGUCAUGUCGCCGAACAACUUCAAUUUUAGCUCGGUUGGCCCAUUCGAUGCAGGGCAACCUUUGGACUUCUCAUGCCUGCCGAACACAAUUGAUCCUGGCACUUUGAACCCGUUACCACUUCCUACGCCCGCAGAUACGAACUCGGUACAGGCAACUUCAACGGCCGCAAAUUCACCACCUUCUCCAGCUCCAGCAGCAAAAACCAAGUCGGACAGCAGUUGCAAACUGUGUGGAUAUACACCCGAAGGUGAUCCUCGAUGGUUCAGCGGCAGUAUGGCCAAGCACAUGAAACUGCAACACUCAACAAAACCUCCAACCAUCUACCGCUGUCCAUACCCCGGCUGCACAAGUCAGUACAAGAAUAGACCAGACAACUUGCGUCAACAUCAAAUAGAAAAGGGUCACUUUUUAGAGGGACAAGACGUUGUAAAGCGAUCGAACAAGCGACGCAAGAUCGAGUGA